GCGGCGGCGGCGGCGGCGCGGGGCGCGGGGAGCGGCGGGCGCCGCGGUCGGAGCGGGCGCGCGCGGCAGCAUGGAGGAGCUGAGCAGCGUGGGCGAGCAGGUCUUCGCCGCCGAGUGCAUCCUGAGCAAGCGGCUCCGCAAGGGCAAGCUGGAGUACCUGGUCAAGUGGCGCGGCUGGUCCUCCAAACACAACAGCUGGGAGCCAGAGGAAAAUAUCCUGGACCCGAGGCUGCUCCUGGCCUUCCAGAAGAAGGAGCACGAGAAGGAGGUACAGAACCGGAAGCGAGGCAAGCGGCCGAGGGGCAGGCCCAGGAAGCACACGGUGAUGUCCUGUAGCCGGCACUCCAAGCUCAAGGAACCCGACGCCCCCUCCAAGUCCAGCAGUUCGACGUCUUCGUCCACAUCUUCCUCCACGUCCUCGGACGAAGACGAAGACAGCGACUUAGACGCCAAGAGGGGUCCCCGGGGCCGCGAGACCCACCCAGUGCCUCAGAAGAAGGCCCAGAUCUUGGUGGCCAAGCCUGAGUUGAAGGACCCCGUCCGGAAGAAGCGAGGCCGCAAGCCCUUGCCCCCAGAGCAGAAGGCGGCCCGGAGACCCGUGAGCCUGGCCAAGGUGCUGAAAACCGCCCGGAAGGACCUGGGGACGCCGGCCGGCAAGCUGCCCCCGCCGCUCAGCGCCCCCGUGGCGGGCCUGGCGGCCCUGAAGGCCCACGCCAAGGAGGCCUGCGGUGGCCCCGGCGCCGUGGCCAGCCCGGAGAACCUGGCCAGCCUCAUGAAGGGCAUGGCUGGCAGUCCCAGCCGGGGUGGCAUCAGCUGGCAGAGUUCCAUUGUGCAUUACAUGAACCGAAUGAGCCAGAGCCAGGCCCAGGCCGCCAGCAGACUGGCGCUCAAGGCCCAGACCACCAGCAAGUGCGGCCUCGGGCUGGACCUCAAGGUGAGGACGCAGAAGGGGGAACUGGGGAUGAGCCCCCCGGGAAGCAAAGCCCCAAAGGCCCCCGGCAGCGGGACUGUGGAGCAGAAAGGCGGGAGUGCGGGGGGGCCCCCCUACGUCCACAGCGGUGGCAAGGCCCCUGCCGGGUGCCUGGGUGCCCAGCCUGCACCCGCCCAGGAGCUGAGCCCCCAGGUCUUGGACUUACAGAGUGUCAAGAACGGCACACCAGGGGUGGGUGCGGUUGCCCGCCACGCUGCGGCCGCCAAGGGCGUCCCUGCCACCAACCCGGGCACCGGGAAGAGCGCCGGGGGCGCCCCCCCGGGGGGGAGUGGGGCCAGCGUGUCCUGCGACGCCAACAAGAGUGAGAAGCUGGCUUCUAGGGGGGCCGCUCUGCCCACCCCUGCAGGCAAGAGGGACUGUGCCAAAGGCAGCGCGGGCCCCGGUGGGCAGGAGGGCCACGCGGGCCCCGGAGAGGUGCGCAAGGCGGCCUUGCCGUCCGAGAUGAGCACCGGAGAAGAGAACAGCACUUCCGACUCCGACCCCGACCCGGCCUCCCCGCCCGGCGCCGGACAGAACCUGUCUGUGUCUGUCCAGACCAGCCAGGACUGGAAGCCCACCCGCAGCCUCAUCGAGCACGUCUUUGUCACUGAUGUCACCGCCAACCUCAUCACAGUCACGGUGAAGGAGUCCCCCACCAGCGUGGGCUUCUUCAACCUGAGACAUUACUGAUGCCCCGUAGCCGCCUGGCUGCCCGGCUCUUGCCUGCCCUUCUCUGGCCUCUGGCUUUGCUUUGACGAUGGCCCUGUGCCCCGGGCCCUCCCCAGGGUCCGGGUAGCCUCCUUCAAGGGCAGGCUUGGAGGGGACUCCCCGAGGCCCUGCGUGUGGCUUCAGGCAGGGUCAUACCUUGAUGCCUUGCCAAGGCCUGGCCUUGCCCUCGUUUCUACCUCUGGGCCUCUGCUCUCACUUCCCAUAUGCCUCAGGAAGUCUGCCUCCCGGGUCUCUGGCUGAACGUUUCUCAAGGCCGUCCCCUGUUGGCUGUGUGAACUGCUCUCCCUGGCUUGUGAUGACAGAGUAGUGGUCAGCUUUCCUCUGGAUUUCCCAGGGGCGCAGCUGUUAGAGGAGAGAUCCAGCUUGGUCGUUCCUGCCCGGCGGUGGGGAAGGAACGUGUACUGGGAAGUUGGGGGGGGGGGGGGGUCAGGCCUUGAAGGACGGCGUGCGGGCUCGGCUAGGUUUUUAGAAGAUGGGCUGCGGGCCAGGUAAGGGACCUCACCAGUCAGGACUGCCCUCAGUGCCUGAGCUGCCAAGGACUAGGGGUCUGCCUGCCUCCCUGUCCCUGCCCCCAUGUCGACACCAGAGGGCCGUGGCCUGAAUGUAGGCUGGCUGUAGCCGUGCUUGGGAGCCCUGCAGACCUCCCUUGGUGCCCUGUAAGCCUGGUUCAGGUUAACGCCUGCAGCACCGAAAUGUCUUAGAGGUCAGAUCUGGGAGGGGUC